GUACAGGGUUUGUACUGAUGGACUGACUCUCACAUAACUAACUGAUCUGUUACUUAAAUUAUAUCUGACAUGUAAUCUGUAUAUGUUAAUGUCGUUCAACGUUACAAGCACGUUUUAGUCAAAAUGGGCAAAACAGCAUAUUUAAGUUUUCUUUUUUGAGUGGGUUCUGACAUUUGAAUUUGUAUAUGGAACAAGAAACCUGCCAGCAGAUUCAUAAGAAAUAGUUUAAAAAAAAAGAACACACACAUUUUCACCUACAGACAGAAUGAAAGCCGGGCAACAGGCAUUUUUAUCACGAAGAGCACCCGUAGCUUUCAAAUACACAGAGGGGGAGGAGCUGGUUUCCAUAGUUACUCAACAAAACAAGGAUCUGGAGGGCGCGUCGCUAGUAUUACACUAGCUAUUUAUUCCUCCAACUGCUGCAAGUUGCUGCAAUCUGGCUCGCAGUUUAUUGUUGUUGGAGACAAGGGGAGAACAGUUAUUUUGCUUUCUUGGAGUUAAAAACAUUAGAGAUGACUGAAUUACACCAGGCUGCUGCUGCAGGAGAUUCUGAUCUGGUAGAAGAUAUUCUUAAAAAGGGUUUAUGUAAUCCAAAUCAUAAGGACAUUGACUGGGACUUCAGGACUCCGCUACACUGGGCUGCUUCCAAAGGGCAAGCUGAAACAGUAAGGAUUCUGGUAGAGCAUGGGGCUCGUGCUUGCCUCAGGACAGACACUGGCUGGACUCCAGCUCAUUUUGCUGCUGAAGCAGGAAGGCUGGUGGUCCUCAGAAUGCUACACUCACUGCAUGCUCCUAUUGACAAGGAUGACCUGUUUGGUGACACACCUACAAGAAUUGCAGCAAUCUAUGGACAUAAAGAAUGUGUUAAGUUUCUAGAAGUUGCAGAACUUGAGUGCAAGGAUUACCGGCAGAUGGCACAGUCCAGAGGCAUUACUUUGGAUGAUACUGAUGAAGAAUGGGAGCAACAGAAGAAAGACAUGGAGGAAAAUAGGAUUUCCUGUUUGGACAAAAAUGCUAAAGCGUUGGAGAAACAAAAUAAAACUAUAACAAUUGCCUCUAAAGGAGAAACCAGGUUGGAGAUGCAGUCAAUAAAAAAUCGAAAUACAUGUAGGCCUAGACCCCAGACACAUGGUCCAAAAGCUCAAGCUAGGAGGAGCUGAUACACAGACUGCACAUGCAGGGAUGGUUCCCAAAGUUUGUGUAUGUACCGCUUUGUAGUAAUCUAGGCUUUUGACAACAUUGCUCAUUUUGUAGACAUUUUGUCUGAUGUUUUUGCAAAAACGGGAACCAAAAAAACAUACAAAAAAGAAUUAAUGAAAUAGUUAUGCAGUAGUUCCAGAUUCUUCAAAUACUGUACACAAACAAAGACUCAAUUUGGCUGAUUGAUGUACUGCAUCCUCUCUAAAUAUGCAUUUAUACAUGCUGUAUAUGUCUAAAUAUGGAUUUAUAGACAUAUUGUACAUGGAAUGUUAUUGGAAAUAAGAAAAUUGCCUACUUGGUGGCCCUUGAGAUAAAGAUGUUCUGUAUUAAAUGU